UGUCAUUUAUUAAUUAAAAUUGGAAUUAAAUACAUAAAUGUGUACUUGAAUGUGUCAUUAAUUAAUUAAAAUACAGAUUCAUUUAAUGUAAAAUACAUAUAUAACUAUUUCACUAUUUACAUUUACAUUUCAUGAUCCUGCGUUGCAGCGCUUCAUGAAUUACUUAAAACUGUCAAACUGACCCAUCAAAGUCAGUGGGCGGGGCUAACGCGAAUCUAGUCUGAUCCAUUGCUUUGGUCUGAAGUAGAGUACGUGGAUUGAAACAUGGAGGAUCUCCGUGAACUUUCCAGGGAGUUGGUGAGAGACAUUUUAAACUUAGCAGAGGAUGUAGAAGCAGGACCUGCUGAAUCAGAGCAUGUAGCUAGUAAAGCAGAGGAACUUAUUGAAGUUGUUGGAGUCAUUUCCGCACUUUCCGACGAAGAUAUCGACCACAGAGUGAUUGCAAAUCUAGAAGAAGUUGUCCACCGCUUCUCUGGUACCAGGGCGCAUCAGGCCCAACACACACAGGGACCGGGGCGUUUGCCGUUUGACAUACCGAGUGCAGUUCUGGAGCACCAAGUUCUUUGUGGAGUUCCCGCAGUUCAAAUUGCAGCGAUGUUCGGAGUGUCAAAAAGGACUAUCAAGAGGCGCAUGCAACAAUACAGUUUAAGAAAAACCGAUCUCUAUUCAGCUGUGAAUGAUGAGGAGUUGGACCAUAUUGUAAGUGAAAUUCACAGAAGUCAUCCAAACACCGGCUACAAGCUAAUGCGUGGUCACCUGAAUGCAAGAGGUGUGCGUGUUCCAAUCUCAAGACUGCAAGAGUCUUUACGCAGAGUAGAUGCAGAGGGAGUCCACAUGAGACGUCUGAGGCUGCGUGUAUUAAGGCGACGGCAGUAUUUUGUUCCUGGCCCAAACUCUUUGUGGCAUAUAGAUGGCCACCAUAAGCUCAUCAGGUGGAGAUUUGUUGUCCACGGUGGGGUGGAUGGAUUCAGUCGUUUAGUGGUCUACCUGACUGUGGCUGGCAAUAACAGAGCUCAUACGGUCUUACAGAGCUUUAUCGCCGCUGUUGAGCAGUAUGGGCUGCCAUCAAGGGUACGGUCUGAUAAAGGGGGGGAGAAUGCAGAUGUAGCAGAAUUCAUGAUCAGAAGCAGAGGUACCGACAGGAAUUCACACAUCACAGGCAGAAGUGUCCACAAUCAGCGGUAAAGAAAUGUGUUUGGCAACUAGGCUCACACAACUAACAUACGUCACAUAAAUUAACAAUUUGUCAAUUUUAUCCUAAACACAGAAUAGAGAGGAUGUGGAGAGAUGUUUAUGAACAUGCCCUGGACCUCUUCUAUCAGAUCUUUACUUCAUUGGAAGAUCAGGGAACACUGAAUCCAGACAAUGAAGUCCAUCUUUUCGCUCUGCACCGGAUUUUCCUUCCACUGGUCCAGCAAAGCCUAGACUCUUUUCGCGACGCUUGGAACUUUCACGGUCUGAGAACUGAAAGGAAUCAGUCACCACAGCAACUCUGGAGAAGAUACAGAGAGCAAGGCCCUGAGGAGGAUCCUACUGAGAUUUCUGAAGAGUAUGGGAUCGACUGGAACGGACCUCACGGCCUUCAUGGAGGCACUGUAUCAGUCCCUGAGGUUCAGCUGGCCCGUGAGCUCUCAGAUGAAGAGGUUGCAAUUUUGCCAGCUCCAGGAGUUUCUG